AUGAUUUGCCAGAAAAGGUUCUCACGGAGCGAUCUUCUCAAGAAACACCAACGACUUCAUCAGAAGCUUAGCCAAGAGGAUGCAGUACGUGACGAGAAUGAAUUAUCAUCAGCGAAAAAGGUGGAUUACUCCUUCAUCAUAGAGAACCCCAGCCAACUUUCGUCCCAACCGCGAGAUAGAUACAGAGAACCGGGAACACACCCGCUACUUGUUGGCGACUCACGACUGCAGUAUCUUGAUGUUGACCGCGCCACGAACAAGACGCCCAAGGCUAGGUAUGCAGCGUCUUCGGUUCUUUCACCAUCAUACGUCGCGUUCUCCAGGCCACAAGAUACAAUGGCAACAACCAGUGAGCUAGCGGCGAACAUGGACUUCUCGUAUUUUGUUCAACCUUGGCAGGAUAGCCUGUGGGUUGACUCAAGCCAGUGGUUCACACCAGAUUUCUACGAUGCAGUAAGAGAGACAUCACAUAUAAGUGAUCCUUUCAUACUCCAAGACGAUUCGAUGUCACUGUCUGCUCACUGGAAUUGGCUGGGUCAAUAUCCAGCCAUGCCUGGCAGUAGUACACGAGUGGCCUCAAACGACGACCGAACAGCACCUUUAGUUCUAGCCGAAAUCUCGGAUGGGCCAGAGAGUAUAUCGAGAGUUAAUUCUCCUCCGAACGUGCCCUCUAGAGAGGACGGAGUAGCAUUUGCGUGGAACCCGUCGUCGAAAAGUCUUUGUCAGACACAUUCUAUUUCUAUCAACGCGUCACACCCUCUUAUGAUUUUACACAAUCCUCGAUUCGACAUACUAGAAUCAACAUGGAUUCGCGUUCGAGAGUUCCUAAAGCUUGAGACUCCCGGCUCGGAGAAUCUGAUUCCGCCGUCUCUGGCAGUUGCGAAUGUCUUUCUGGGGCUCUUUUUCGACCGUUUCUAUGAACAAAGUCCUGUACUUCACUUACCAACGCUCUUAGUUGAUCACUUGCCGUCAUCUUUACUCUCCGCCAUGAUCAUCAUCGGCGCCACAUACAGCCGUAUCCGGCACACAAGACGCUUUUCCAUACUCAUGCUCGAUAGAGCUCGUCAAAAUCUCCAAGCGCUGAUCGAAGCCGACAAAAGCUUGACCAGACAUCCCGAAACUAUCUAUGCAUCUUCACUACUAGUGUAUACUGGGUUAUGGUGCGGAAACAAAGGGGCAUUUGAGACUGCCGAAGCACUCAGAGGAAGUUUGGUGACAUACGUCAGACGUCUGUUUCAACCGAAAACGAAAGUUGCGGAUGUCGCAGGUAGUCGUGUUGAAGAUCAUUGGAGGGCAUGGGCAACAUCUGAGUUCAAGCGCCGUUUACGCUGGUACGUAUUCAUGAUCGACUCACAGUUCCCCGCCAUUUUGAACAUGCGGAGUAUGAUGUCUCUCGCAGAGGUCGCUAGGUGGGAGUGCCCGGGUGAUGACGCCGCAUGGUGUACAACGAGUGCUCCAAUCUGGGCAACUCUAGUUAAACCCUUGGGGAGUUUAUCGGCACCAGAGUUUGGCAUUGUUUUUAAGGCUCUUACGAACAAUAGAAGAGCUGAUUUCACCAACUUGGCACCAUCAGUCUCUGCUAUUACUGAUAGCAUCAGCCCGUGGACACAAUUCCUUGUUCUGAGUUGCUUGGCUAGCCAGGCACUGGACUGGUCGCACGAUUGGUCAGUACAGGUCGGCAGUGACCCUGCCAUGAUACAAGAUACGGGCAGUGAUUGUCAUCAAGAAAGUCUGCGGAUACGGGACAACAUCAUCGGUAAGUCACACUGUCUUCCACUUGUCUAUGCCAAAGCUGACGCGUUCAUUUCAGCAUCUUUGAAAUCAUGGGAAUGCUACUACGGCACCAAGUACAGUGGCAACCCGAUCCCGGAUGUGGCGCAAAGUCUAGUGCUGUACUUUCAGAACGCAUCUCAAAUACUCCGUGGCCUAGUAAACAUUCAACUACAAACGUGCGUUGCUGAUUUGCAAGAUGCUCUCGGAAAAGGCGGAGCAAAUGCUGUUGACGAAAGCCUGGGCCGACUUCGAGUCUACUUCACAAACGGAUACACCAACUGUGUUGGAGCACACCAAGAGUUGCCAUUUGAGUCUCUAGAUGCCUUCGCCAAAUCAGUCCUGGAAACUACAUCAAUCAUGAGCAACCCGACACUACAGUCUGCCACACCUUAUAGCAUCUUUGGAAUCUUCCUAAAUCAUGUCUUGCAAUGGGCAUUUCUAAAAAGCAGCCCCGAAACAUUGAAGUCGCACCUUCGUGAGCAUCUCCGAGAUAUGGCUUUCUCAUAUCACGGACGGGGCAUGUCGGAGCUCAGUGGAAUACUUGAUUUCGGGCUCUCCUCAGCAAACCCGACAGUCGUGAACAGGGACAGAAGCCACUUAGUUCUCAUGCAAGCUGCGCAGAAUUUGGCGCUGCUUGGUACUUGGGGCGCAUCGUUGAAUCUGGCCCUUCUGCUUCAGUUGAGAGCGAAAACUUAA